CAGGAGAAUCUUGGACUGGUUUCCUGGCUCCAGGAUGGAGGGGUUCCUGUCCAAUUUCCCACCGUACCUUGCCUCAGGACUAGCCCAGGACUGCGGCUGGGCAAAGAGAGAGGGCCGCUUCGUGACCCCCCAGGGCCUCAACUACCUGGAGCUCUGCAAGGCCAUUCUGUGCCAGGUCAACCCGAGCCUACCUCCUCAGUUCAAGAAGGCAAACACCAAAGAGUGUGGCGUGCAAGUCAACGCCAAAGUAGACAAACUCGUGCAGUGCUCGCUGGGACCCAAAACGCUGUUCUGCUUGGAGGGCGAUUCUAAUUCCCCCUCGAAGUCCCCGAAGAGCCCAAAUGAGUUCAAACCGGACGAGAGGGCGCUGUGUAUGACUCCACCCGUCAGAAACCUUCGCUUCAUGAGGCCCGUUUCCAUUUAUUCACCUGUGUUUGAUCGCAGGAGCCUGCUGAAGACACUGGGCCGUGGCCGAGGAGGAAGUGAAGGAGACACUGAAGAUGCCGAGCAAGAGUCUGAUAAGGAGGCUGAGACGGAUCGCAGCUGUGAGGACACCGCAAAGGACAUCGAGGCCACUUUCAACAGAUCUGCAAAGGGCUCAAAAUUUCAGUUCCUUGAGCAGAGGUAUGGCUUUUUCCACUGCAAGAAAUGUAACAUCCGGUGGGAGAGUGCUUAUGUAUGGUGCAUCUCUGGAAGCAGUAAGGUGUACUACAAGCAGCUCUGCCGGAAGUGCCAGGUAGGGUUGAACCCCUACAAUGUGGAGUCCAUCCUGUGCAAGGGCUGCUCUCAGACUAACUGCAGCUGCGAGAAGAAGCAGAGGCACAUUAACAUGAAGAGGCCUCAUCGCCAGGACCUGUGCUGUCGCUGCAAGGGCAUGAGGUUGUCCUGUGACGCCACCUACAGCUUCAAAUACAUCGUCUAGGCAGCAGUGCAUGAUCGCUCUGGUCUGGAAUCAAUGGCUCAUGAAGAUCUGGCACUUUUCAUUAGGGUCAUGACGGCACAGAUACUGUACCUGAGUGUUCAUGAAUGGAAGUUACCUCCUGUAACAUACUCGAAGGGAUUUAUUUAUUCUCCUACCAGCGAGUAGCUGAAUCUCUACCUGGGUUUGUUUAUUUGAAGUAACUUCUACAUGAACUGCAUUUGUUUCCUGAAAACUAUUUUUUUGUAAAAAAAUAUUAAAUAAAUAAAGCAUCUUUAAAAUGUU